UCGAGGGGAAUGACAGCUGGGCGGACGGACAGACAGAGCGAGAAAGUUGACGUGUGUACUGUGUAGUGUGGAGGUGCGUUAUCUCGUAGAAGGCUGGGUCACGCAGGGUGGACUCAUCGCGACCGGGGUCGCAAAAGGGAGAGAGAAAGAGAGAGAGAGAGAGAGAGAGAGAGAGAGUGAGUGAGAGAAAGAAAAAGCGGUGAAUAGACAUCGUGAGUUUUUUAACAUUCGCAGAGAAUGGCGAGCCGCGACGAGCUGGUCUCGCAAUUCGCGGACGUAACUGGUGUUGAUGCCGAGAGAGCGCUAUUUUACCUUGAGUCAUCCGCUUGGCAGCUCGAGAUCGCUCUCACGAGCUUCUAUGAGAACGAUGAGCCGGCUGAACUAACGACGACCGAGAAUCUUGACAGCAACGUACAACAGCAGGCGGAAGGCUCGGAGGACAGUGUUACGGGAGCGAUGUCAAACAAACAGACCAAAUCCGACUCGGCAGAGUCGAAAGGUGCCAAACCGAAACCAAGAUUCGGGACGUUGAAUGAUCUACAGAAUAGUGACAGCAGCUCCGAGGAGGAGGAGGGACAGGCGUUUUACGCAGGCGGUUCGGAGUUCAGUGGGCAGCAGGUUCUAGGACCAGGAAAAAAGAAAAAGGACAUCAUCAGCGACAUGUUCAAGUCGUGUCAGGAGCAAUCUAUCGCCACAGACUCCCCCAAAAUGGGAGGCCAACAAAGGCCAAACACGUUCAGAGGCACAGGAUAUAAAUUAGGUCAAACCACCUCGGAUAGCGAAGUAGUGAUGGGAGCAAGCGCAGAUCAAUCUUCGAGCGGUCUUAUAAUAUUGAAAUUAUGGAAGGAUGGAUUUACAAUAAAUGAUAGCGAGAUACGAUCGUACGACGAGGCUGAGAACAGAGACUUUUUGGAUGCGAUUAAGCGAGGCGAGAUCCCAGCAGAGAUUCGUCAGCAGGUACAGGGUGCAGAAGUGCGACUCGACAUGGAGGAUCAUCGUCACGAGACUUAUGUUCCAUCAAAAACCAAAGUAAAAGUUUUCGCUGGGAAGGGACACAUGCUUGGAAGUCCCUCGCCUGCUACUGUAGGCAUGACGAUCCCAACGGAUCCUGCUGACCAAGCUGCCAAUGAAGCGCAAGCGAAAAAGGAAUUGGAUCUAGAUACUUCAAAGCCAACUACGACGUUACAAAUCCGUCUUGCAGACGGUAGUGUUGUAAAGGCUCAAUUCAACCUAUCACAUACAGUCGCUGACCUUAGACGAUAUAUAAUAACUAUGAGACCUCAGUAUGCUCUAAGAGAUUUCAGUUUAUUAACGGUGUACCCAACGAAGGAACUUGUGGAAGAAAAGACGAUCGAGGAGGCUGGUUUACAAAAUUCGGCUAUAAUGCAACGACUGAAGUAAAACUUUUUUCUAAAUCCUUAGAUUAAAUGAGAUGUAACGAUAUUAGACACCAAAUAUAUGUUAAAUCGCUUGAAAAUAAAAUUUCUAUGUAUUUUUAUUAGGAAUACAAUACCUUUUUCUUAC